GCUGGGAGACUCCCGCAGCCUCUGCCUUAGUUGAUACAGAUUAGCUGAGGAUAAAUCUCAGGGUUGAUUCAAAGCCAAGAAAAGUCCCUGGGUCUAGUGGCUGGGCAGAAUUGGAAGGGAGCAUAGUGAUGAGCAAGAGGGAGAGCGGAGCUGGGGGCCGAAGCCCAGACCUGGAAAUGGAACCUGUAAACUGUCCAGAGCCAGGAGUCUCUGGGAGUCAGGAGUCCCUUCUCUGGGCUCAGAGCUGGGCUCUCAAAGGGAAGGGGCAGAGCUGGGGGCUGAGAAACAGGGCAGGGAGAGAAAGCUGGAGAUGUCUCCGGUCUCCAAGAAGCAAGAGCUGGGACUAGGAACAGGCUUCCCGAGGGAAUUUCGGAGGAAUGGGGGGGGGGGUAGCACCCAGACCCUGGUAAGGGACCCAGCACCCAGGGAGGGGAGCCCGGCCCACACUCACAUCCAAGACCCCCAGACAGGGCCAGCUGUGUGUGUGUAAGCGCCCUGGCUGAUACCAUCACAAUCACCUCGCACCCAGACCAGGAGAGGGAAGGAGUUGGACACACCUGCUCAGAGAGCCCAUCAGCCAAAGGCUGGGACCCAUGUUGGAACCACCCUCCACUAGCACCCCCUCCCCUGGGACCCAGCCCCAGCACGCUCCUCCCUUCUGAGUUACCCACUACCCUGGGCUUCCACUCUGCUCAUCUCAAACCCCGCCAUUGACACUCCAAUCUUCACAUUGGUCUCCAUUGGACUCAUGGAAACCCCCUGUCAUUGGUCUCCAUGAAGCUGCCCUCGACUGCUUCUCAUCAGGCUCACACACCUGGGGUAGUUAGGGGGUGGUGAGUGCUGGAGAACACUAGGCUGGGAGGCUGGGAGGGAAGGGGAGGUGGAAGGCCGGUCACCGCCAUGGAACCCCACAGUAGGGCUGGGGAGGCAAGAGAGAGAUGGGGAAGGCCGCGGUCCAGGACCUGAGGAGAGGCAUGGGCGUGUCAGGGCCGGAGGGAGGAACGGAGCUGGAUGUUUGCGGGAAAACUGAAAGGUGACGGCCCUGAGGUAGGAAGUGGUAACGGAUAAAAGAGGCUGUGUUGGACUUAGAGAGGUAACCUGAGUAAAGGACUGGAGUAAUAACUCACCUUUCCCUAAUAUUCUAGGGUUAUAAAACACUUUUUCUUAGAAAUACAGAUGAGAUGGGAUAAAGGACUGGAGUAAUAAUAACUCAUCUUUCUCUAAUAUUCUAGGGUUAUAAAGUACUUUUUCUUACAAAUACAGAUAACAUGGUGUAGUGCCCCCAUUUGUAUAGAUAAAGAAAUUGGGUUUAGGAAGGUUAAAAGAAUCACUCAGAGUUAGCCACCAAAUAGGUAAUAAUAGUGACAAUAGCUAACAUUUAUCUAAAGCCACUGGGCUAAGUCCUUUCCCAGGAUCUCCCAUGAUUCUGCAGUAACCCUGGGAGGUAGGUGCUGGUAUUACCCCCUUUUACAGAUGAGGAAACUGAGGCAACGGGGCUUAAGUGACUGGCCUCUGGGUCACGCAGCUAUUCAGUGUCUGAGGGCCUAAGUUGAACUCGUGUCUUCCUGAUUCCCAAAGCUCGUAGCUAAUACAGUGUACCACCAAGCUUCACCCAAGUGUCAGGAUAGAAUAUUGACCCAAGACGAUCCCAGCAAGCUUCCAAGACCAUUGAUCUUUCUACUUAACACCCCAUGGCCAGGUGUGAGGAAGGAAGUCGGCCUUAGUGGGAGACCAGGCUGGAGCUGCAGUCAACCUCCAAGCAUUUAUUAAAUGCCUAGUGUGUUCAAGUCUCGUCCUAAGCCCUGGGGAUGCUAAGAAAGGUAGCCAAGCCCUGCUCUCAAGGCACUCAGAGGCUAAUGGGAGACAGUGUGUGAACAGCUGUGUGCUAUUUGUCAUGUGCAGGAUAAAUGGAAAUGAUCAACAGAUGGCUAGAACUAAGGGGGAUGGAAGGGGCUGCUUGUAGAAGGAGGGUUUUUGUCUAGGACUUAGGAAGCCGGGAGGUGGAGAGCAUCCCACAACUGGGGGGUGGCCAGGUGGGGGCUUUAGACGCCAGCCAGAGUUUGCACCUUGUCAGCCCUGGGAAAUCCUGGCAGGUUUGGGACAAUCCCAGCCUUUCAGGCCCUAAACCUUAGCGUCAGUUUGAGCACCAGCCUCCCCUCCAUCCCGUGCACACCCCAGUGCCCAGCGUGAAAAACCCACUCAGGCCUUCUCGGGGAGGCUCCCUGGGCUCACUGCCAGCACCGGUGGGACGUAGCUUGAUCCCUCGGGAGCCUGGCUUUUGUCUGGCUCACUCAGAGAUGCUGCCCCCUCAGUCAGCCCCGGGGAGGGCUAGCCUUGCUCCUUCCAGAAAUGGAGGCAGAUGAUUCACAGGAGCACAUGUGGCGCAGUCAUAAUAACCAUUGGUGCGCUUUGUGUGGGUCGCCCUUGGAGAAUCGGCGUCCCUUGUUCUCCUUUGAUCUUUAUAAAAAACAAAAGCAAAACUCCAUAAGGAGGUAAACCCAAGUAGCACUGACCCCAUUUAAGAAGCAAUGGCAAGAAAAAAAGAAAGAAAAGAAGGAAGGAAGGAAAAGAAGAAGCAAUGACUUUGCCCAGGUGUACACAGACACUGAGUCAGGACUCAAAGCCCCGGUUCCACACCAACCCCUUCUUCCCUUUUCAUUGAACAAUUUAUCCAUUUAGGGAACAAUUUAUUAUCUUUUUCAGAGGACUGGGGCCAUUUGUAGUUCCAUGUUAAGAUAACUCUGGUCUCUAAGCCUCAUGGAUCUUUUGUCUAGUAGGGGACAAGAUACAGACACGCAACUAAUAUACACUAUUUUUCAAUUAUUGGAUUGUAUAGGUACUGGAACAAGGUGAAACAAGAGGGAGGUCUUGCCUGACCCAGGGGAUGAGAGAAGGUGUGGUGGAGAGGAUGGCAUUUCAGUUGGGCUUUAAAGGAUCAAUAGUUGGUGCUAGAAAAGAACUUGGUCCCACCCCAUUUUAUCCCCUUUUUACUUGCCCAAGGUCACACAGAGAGUAAGUCCCCAGAUCCCAUAUUUGAUCCCACUUUAAAAAGGCACAGAGGUAGAAAAGUGCUUUUCCACAACUUGACACAAUAGGGCUAAAGUUACCUUCUGUUUUAUCUUUAGAUAUAAGAUAAUGAGUAGUGCUAACAUACAUUGACCCAGGGGGUUUGGAGGCUAAAUCCCCUCUAGUUAGAUUUCCAUUUGUUACCUCCAACCCUGAUUUUAACUUUUCCCUGGGAACAUCAGCCAAGAAUCCCAAAAUGAACCAUGAUCCCUUGGAAAGCACCUUUUCCAGAUGACGAUUUUCAGUUCUGGAGUCCAGUCCCUGGAACUCAAAAUGGCUCUGAAUCUCUACCAGUCUCCCUCUCGCCAUGAUCCCAUCACCACCAACAAACAUGUACACCAUAGGAAUAAACUAUAAAGAAAUUUAUACUGCCUGCCCUCAUGAGGCUUCUUGUCUUUCAGUAGGGAAAUAGAACAACUUCCAGGUCACAGUAAUUAAUAUUUUCAAUUUACAUUUGCAUAGAGCAAAAGAGAUGAUUAAAAUACACAUGAAACUGCCAAGGGCUCCUGUGGAAUACUUCUACAUGUGUCACUUACUUGAUUCCUUCCUUAGCUGGCUCCAGUCCUGGUCCUGGUCUCCCCCCUCACCUAUCCAUUUUGUACAGGUACAAUGCACUCUAUACUCAAUGAUAAUGUGCCAUCCUUUCCAUUGCCUGCCCUUGCCCCCCAGUACCUAGAGGUCAAAUUAUAGGAUCAUAAAUUUAAAUUAAAUAGGGACAGCCCUAUGCUGUCCAAACUUCUCAAUCUAUUGUGCCUCAAUGUGGCCCCCAUUUACCUUUCCAAAUUCACAUUGCUUACCCCUGCCAGACUGGUCUUCUGAGUUUGCCAUCCCCAGUCCAGCCUCCAAAACUUUGCUCAGGCACUCCCUUUGUGGGAAUACCCUUCCCCCCUUUUUUUUACUUAUCCAAAUCCACGUAGAAAGAUAUUGAUGCUCUGGGGAGGAAAGGAAAGGCGGCCCUCAGGGGCUAACUGAAAUGCCAUUUCUUCCAUGAAGUCUUUUCAGAAUGUUCCCGUCCCUGCAGUUCUCCCCUGAACACCAGCAGCCUUGUCAUUUUGGCCUUUGUAACCUGACUGUAUUAUUACUUAACUGUUUCUUUUAUGAGGGUCUUUUCCUCCUGGAAAGAAUGUAAGCUCCUUGAGGGCAGGGACUGUGUCUUGUACUUCUCAGUAUCCUCCGCAAGCUCCUAGCUCAGGGCCAGGUUUAAUAAACAUUUACUAACUGGAUGGAAGCCUGAUCUGAGCUGAGCCCAGCCGGGUUCUGUGUCUGCUCCUAAGUCUUGCGAUUUCGGCCCAUGCCUUACACUCAGAACAAGGACUUCCUACACUCUCUUGGUACCCAGCCUGAAGGUGUGACUGUUGGUACCUGAAUGUUCAGGGGGAGCACAGUGGGGAGCAAAGGAACAGCAGAUAGGAUGAAGUCUGUAUGCUCUGGUCAGGUAUCUUACCCCCCAAGGCCUUUGGAUCCUCUUCCUAAACCAGAGCUGGAUGUCAUGGCAGGAAAGGGAGGAAACAUCACAAUCCUAGAGUCUCAGAAUUGGAAAGAACCUCAGAGCCAUCUAGUCUAAACACCCCCCCCAAAAAAAAAACCCAUCCCUAGGGUCCUCAACAAGUCUGCUCUUCAUUUGAAGACCUCUGAUGAGGGUGUUGCCCACCCAGUGAUCCCAGUUCAGCCCUCUGGUACCAAACAGAACAGGUCUAUUCUUUCUCUUCUGCAUGAUGGCCUUGAGCACAGCUACAUCCUGCCUUGGAAAAACCUUCCCUUCUCUGCCAUAAACACCCUCCUCCCCAUUUCUUCAAGUGAUCCUCAGAUGGCAUAUUUCCUGGUUAAUAUCCUCUGAAAAUUCUUCAGCUUCUCAAUGAUGCCCUUCCUAAAAUACAGCAUCCAGUACUGAAGAGAGUGACCUGUACAAAGUAUAGCCAAGCAGAGUUCUCAAGUCUAGGCCUCCUUAAUGCACCAUAAUAAUACAAUAACCUUUCUUUUGGACUGCCCUAUUAACACUAAAUGACUCAUACGUUGAUUUUUUUCAAUAGUAUUUUAUUUUUCCAAAUCUGUGCAAAGAUUUUUUGUUUUCAGCAUUCACCUGUGCAAAACCUUGUGUUCCAAACUCAUACUGUGCUUUUAAUGAGCUAAAUCUCCCAGAUCUUUUUCAGAUGAAAAUUUAUAUCUACCCCCAGGCAAAAGAUCUAACCCAACUUCUUCCAUUUUGCAAUGAAGGAAGGUAAUUUUAAAAAUCCUCUCUAGCCCCUGACAAAUUCUUUAGGCCAAUGUUCUUCAUCUCUCAGGAGACUGGUAUGGUGAAAGGAGUGCUGCAUUUUUACUAAGAGGACCUGAGUUCAAAGCUUAUUCUUCCUGCUUGUGUGAUCUCAGUCAAGUAACUUUAUUUCUCUGGGUCUCUAUAAAGUAAGAGAGAAGCCUUUAAGGUAUUUUCUAGCUUUGUUAUCAGUGUUAUCAGUGUAAAGGCUUAUUAUCCAGGGGAGGUGAGUAGAUAGUAUCCCUGAUAGAGAAUUUAACGGAGAGAUGAGAGCUUCGGCAGCCUGGAGAGGGAAGAGGAACCUGUGGAGAGAUCAAAUUGAGAAGGCUUCAAGGAGGGAACAUGGCUCUGCCCCAAUGGACAAGUGAGGGAGAGUGUUUGGGGUCUCCAUAUGAAUCCCUCCAGAACCUCUUGAUCAUCCAGUUCCCUUCCUACAGCAGCAGGUUGUAUGAAGCCAAAAAGAGAACAUUCUUCAUUGGCUGCUCCUGUAAGAAAGGGAUGGAUGUACAGCAUAGAGUAACGGACUGCCCUGGAAUCAAAAGACCUGUUCCAAUCUCAUCUCAAGCACUUACUAGCUGAGCAAGAUAGUCACUUGGUGCCUCAGUUUCCUUAUUUGUCAAAGGAGGGAGUCUAAGUCCCAUAGGUCUAAAUCUAUGAUUCCACCCCAAUCAGAUUUAAACUUUAUAGACAGAGCCAGAACUAGAUCCUUUCUAUACAUGGGCCAAAGGGGAUAAAAUGUUUCAGGUAAGCUGGAGGUGAGGUGCAGAUGCGGGAUCAUCUUCAUAGCUAUUGCCCCCACUGGCCGGUGAGAAAAGCAAGAUGGAGUCAGGUCAGGAAAAAGCACAUUUGGGUAAGGGCUGUCUGGGAAGGAAACAUGCUAAUCAGAAGUUUCAAAUUUUAACUAAUUAUUCUGACUAAGCUCAGUUUCUAAAAAUUGCUCCAGGAGAAUUGCUAAUGUCAUCUAAUUUUCAGCACCUUGGGACAAAAUUCCAAUCAUCUAUGGUAGUUAUUUUGGCUAAGUUUAGAGGGCUACCACACCCAAAGGUUUAUGCCAUUCAACCAUAAAUCAAUAGUUCUUAGAAUGUGUCAAGGAGCUCAGGAGAAGGGAAAGAAGCCCAGAAUGAAGUUUCAUAAUCAAGGAACAGCAAACACUGAGGUAAAAAUCAGGUUUAAAGCAAGUAAAGGGUAAUAUGAGUCAUGGAGAAGAAAAAAGAACUGAGGAGGAGGAGAGACAUGGGUAGGAAGGAAGGAAAGGAGACAGGGGAAUGGGUGACAAGAAGGGAAAGAGAAGGAACUGGUUGAAGUAGAGAAGAAACAAGAAUGGAAAACUGAACUAGAAAGAGGAGCAGUUAAGUCAGAAAGGAAUGGGGAUUCCAGACCUAUCAAGCAUCCAGGUGAUUUAUUACCUUUUCCAACAAUUCUCUCUCCGGGGAUCAUUCCAUCCCAAUGGAUCCUAUCUCAGCAGAUCAGAUAAUCAGAAGCUAAGCAAGGUCAUUUCUGAUUACUGUUUGGAUGGGGAGAGCAACAGGAAAUAGUGAAUGCUAUAAGUUUUUGCUUGAAAGGAAAGGUGGGGUCUUAGAGUACAAACUGGAGGUCACUGGCUUCAAAUUUACAUCCUUGCUAUCAUUUAUUACCUUGUGACUUUGAGCUAUAAAAUUGGAGAUUAGACUAGGAGACCUUUGAAGCUCCUCCCAGAUCUAGAUCUAUGUUCCCCUGUGACUUUUCCAGGUCCUUUCUGAUUCCUCCUAAUCUAUCCAUCCAUUAAUCAGUGAACAUUUAUUAAGCACCCUAUGCACUUAUUACUCUUCAAAACGUUCUCAUAGCUAUAAAAUCCUAAAAGGUCAGGUCAAUAAGGCUAUCCUUUAAUCCAGCAUGCUAAUUUAAAACUCCUUUAAUCCAGCAUGCUAAUUUUACAGAUAAAGGAACUGAGACCCUGAGAGGGAACCUAAUUUGCUGGAGAUCAUGCAGGGUAUUAGUGGCAGAUCCAGGAUUAGGAGGCAGGUACCACGAUUCUUGAGUACUGUGGGUUUUUUUUUCUUCCUAGUCCAUAUUUUGAGACCAGACAUUCCUAUUUCGGGAAGUGGGGGUGAGAGGUGAAGAUGAAGACAGCUUUGGAAGCCAGUGCCCUUCCCUGAGGUGGAGCCAGCCCUGCCUCAUUCCACAUUCCUUUUGCAAGCCCCACUUUAAGAUUAUUUUCUUGCAUUCUUUGUACUGCAAGAAAACUUGUGUUUCUCAAGGCUCUUCUCUUUCUGAUCCAAGUUUUCUUUUUCUAGCUAAAUCCUGUUCUUGCUUCUCUCCCACUCUAGCCACCUGGCUUCCUUUUGUUCUCGAAGUCCAGAGAUGAAAAGGUUCUCCCCACUUUUGUGCCCAGAGUUUACCCUGUUUCCCCCCAACCCCCUUAGCACAUAUAUACAAGACUCACCACGCCUGUGGUUCUAGGGAAUGGAAAAUGAACUGGUGGGUAGCACAGUGGAAGGCUUGGCCAUUCCAGGUGGUGUGAAUACGGUCUUCCUGAUGUCUUAAACCAGGUGAAGGAGUAGCAGUAGGGUAGCUGUAAGCUGGAGGAACUAGAACUGUCCAGCAAGGUGUAGGGAGAUUCUGACUUAAAGACAUUCUUCCCCCUUCUCUCUCUCUACCUGCUUUGGGGCUCCCUUUGAAAGGUCAAAUUCUUUAGUGAUACACUGACCUCCCUGGGUCCCCUUCAGCCAUUGAGUGCCCUUAGCUAGGGUCCAUCAGGCCUUGUUAACCAGGGCCUUGCACAGUGGGGCUGAAGACUCCAUCAAUUCUUUUGUUCGUUCAUUCAACAAACAUGCAUUAAGGACCAACAGUGUGCAAAGCACUGGCCUGGGUACUGGAAAGGAUAUAAGGUAGAGAAAAUAAUUUAAUUGUGCUCUUGGAGAGCCUACAGUCUUUUGGGAGGAUGACAUGGGCACAUAGUAGAAUAUAAUAUGGUACAGACUUUGAUUUUUCAGGAAGGUACAAAACGAAAUGCCACCGGAACUUGGAGGAGGGAGAUUGUUACUGGCUAGGGAAAGCGAAGGAGAUUCAUUUGAAUUGUGCGUUAAAGAACAAGUAAGAAUUAAACUGGUGAAGAAAGCAUUCCGAGCAAACUGAAUAUGAGCAAAGGCAUGUUGGGCAGGUGCAGUGAGUGCACACAGAAUAAUAGGAGAGAAGGCUAGAAAGACAGGAUGGUGUCAGAUGGAACAGAACCUUGAAUGCCAGGCAAAGGAAAAUGAAGUAUACUUGGAAGGCACUAGGGAGCCAUGUAUGAUUUUUGAGCAGAGGAGUGACAUAACUUCAUGUAUGUUUGGCGGCAGUUUGAAGAAUAAUUUUUAGGAAAAAGAAAACUGAAACAUUUUCAGGAAGAUGGGUGAGGAAAAAGGAGGAAGGGUCAAAUGUAUUAGAGAUGGAAUUGAUAGACAUUGUUAACUCACUGGAAGUUAGUAAUAAGGAAGAUAGGAGAUUUCGAGCUAAUUUAAAGGUCUUGAGCAUGAAUAGCUCAGUGGAGGGUGCAAUGCCACAGGGAGAAGACAGUUUAGGGGGAAAGAUAAUGAACUUUGUUUGGGGUAAGUUGAGUUUGAGAUGGCAAUGGGGCAUCAGUGUGGGAAUAUCCUGUGGACCACGGAGAAUUUAGGUCUAGAACAUAGAAGAGAUUGACUGGAAUUUUAGAUUUGGGGGAGGUGAAGCUGUAGGGGUGGGGUAAGAUUGUCAAGACAAAGUUAUUAUAAUAAUCAGCAAUCUUCAGCUCAAGGCUGAAGAUAGACCUUUGGGGAAUGCCGUCUGUAAGGAUCAGGAAGAUGAGGAAUCGGCAAAUGAGAGUCCUGUGGGAGGGAAGGAGCAGUUAGAGUGCCAGCUUGAGAAUCAGGCGAAUAGGGUAUCUCUAAAUCCAGGGAAGGAGAAACUACACAUCAGAAGGGGUGGGCAGCAGUGUCAAAGGAUGAGGAGGCACCAAGGAAGAUGAAAGCUGAAAAAAAGGUGUUAGGAUUUGGUGACUUUGCAGAAAGAACCAAGUGUCAGUAGAGUGCUGAGAAUGAAAGCUACUCUGCAAACGUUUGGAUGAGAGAGUGAAUGGUACUGAAAUAAAGGCAACUUUCUCAAGGUUAGGAGCAGGUGGGGGGAGGUAAUGGUAUGCUAGAUGGGAAGGAUUGAGGAGAUCUGAGCACAUUUGCAGAUUGAUGAGAGGAAACAGUGGGGAGGGAGAGAUUGAAAAGAUACGUUCAUUAUGGAAUAAGUGCUGGAGCAAAUCCUUAAGAAGCCUGGAAGAAAUGAAAUCACAGGACAAUAGAGAGCACAGCCUCCUCAUUUUACUAAAGAGGCACCUGUGGUCUGGAGAAGUGAAACGAUUUGCCCAGGAUCACAAAGUGAACCAGGAUUGGAAUCCAAAUACAGCAUUCGGCUCCACAAUGACUCAUCAGAUCGAGGGGGAGGGUAGAAAAAUUCUUGAUUUUAACUGGUAAUAGGAAUAACUUUCCAUCUGUCUUCAGAAGGAGGAGGAGGAGAGCGUGGAUGAUAAGGCAUAAAAUUUUAGGAGAAAGAAGAAAAGAGAUUUAGGGACUUCUUGUCAGAUGUUACCGAUAAUUCUCAGUGAAGUCAGAUUCUCUCAGUCCUAGUUUUAGAGGUCUCCACCCACCCUCACCCUUAGGAAAGAAUUGGCAUCUGCACUCGUAGCUAUCCCAACUUUCUCUCCUAGGGGGUUCAAUAGAGAAAAAACCAUGACUAGUAAUCAGUCACUUCCCUUCUUGGGGCCUCAGUUUCCUCAUCUGUAAAAUGGAUUAGCUAAUAUCUCAGACCUCUUCUAGCUGUGACAUUCUGUAAUUCUUUAACUACAGGAAAACGGAAGCAGACAAAAGCACAGAAAUGCCCAAGUCCACAGCUCCCUGGCAUCUGAUGACAAUGUCGAUAAGAUGUCUGCUCCAGUGGAGACCCAGGACUCUGGGUCCGGCCCCCCAUUGCCUUCGGCAGACAGGUCCUGGACUCAAAGUGAGUGGCAGGCCUGGUACCUGGAUGUGAGAGCCCAGGUCUUAUCGUUGCGCUGUGGGCUGGAAGUGUUGGAACAGCAGUUGCCCCAGCCUCUGGCUGGAUCCUACACCCCACUUAAGACCGCCAUGGGGAACCCCGCGUCCAGACCCAGCUGCCUGGGGGAGAAAGGUCAUCACUCGGAAGAGUUUCUGAAGGGUCAAGGGGGCAGUGCUGGGCCAGGGCUGGGUCCCGGACCUGGGGCUGGCCUCGGUCACCCCACAGCCCCACCUGCUCCGGCCACAUCCCUCUCGCCAGAGAGCCCGUGGGCCUGGAGGGCCCAUAGCACUCGGGAGGUGACAGAAGUGACCGAGGUCACAGAGACAGUUGUGACAGAAAUCGUGGAGGUGACACGGUACCCGGGGGGCCGGCAGCCCACGGUCACCCGAACGGUGACCAUGCUGAGUGAGAGUGCUGGACCACUUGCCCUGGCACCCCAGUGGGCAGCCCUUCCUCCUUCUGAGCCCCCUGAGCCUCCUGCUGCUCUCCAGAGCUGGUUGGAUGACAUGGAGGAACUACAGACAGGACAAGGGCCUCCAGCAGCUGAGGUCAAAGUAGCCAGUGCCCAACUACAGGAGCAAAAGCUCCUGAAACGGCUGCUGGAGGAAGGCAGACCCCGGAUGGAGCGGCUCCUUCAAGAUCCUCAGGAACAGCCAUCUGAAGGAGACGGAGGUAAAGAGAAUGAGACCCUCACUAAGCUCCAGAAACAGUGGGAGCAGCUGACGCAGAAGGCAGAGGCCAGGUGGAGGCUUCUCGAACAGUUAGUACCUGCAGCUCGGAGUUUCCAAGCAGCUCGUGAUACCUUUGUGGCCUGGCUGGGUCCUGUGGAGCGGCUCCUGGCUCAGCUCUGGUGGGAGGAGCCUGGCACAGGCCCCCUCCAGGGUGCCCUGGAGCAGGUUCAGGGUGUAUGUGAGGAAGUUCGACAGAAGGCAUCAGACAUGGAGACUGUUCGAGAGACUGGUCAGAGGCUCCUGAAACUGGUGGUGGGGGAAGAGGCCCAGCUGGUUCGGGAGCAGCUGGAGGAGCUGCGGGUGAGGUUGCUGCUGGCCGGGCAGAGUGGCGCCCACAUCAGGCUCCGGCUGGAGCAGAUGCUGGAGGCGGCCACGCGUCUGCAGCCUUCGGGAGAGCCGCCGCCGCCGGCAGCCUGGCUGGGGAGGCUGGAGCAGGCAUGGGCAGCAGCCGGGCCUGGUGAGCAGGAAGACAGAGACCAGCUGCGGAAAGCCGUGGGGGAGGAACUGAGCCGCCUGGAUGCACUCGAGCAGCGGGUGGAGGAGCUGAACGGAGUGACCCUGGAGGCUUCGGCACUCCAGGCCCAGCUGGGUCAACACAAGCUACUGGCUGCAGAACUUCUCCAGAAGCAGGAGUUAAGGACCCGCCUGCUGGGUCUCUUGGCUGCUGGAAUCCCAAGUCUCUGCCCCUCUGAGGAAAAGGAGCAACUCCAGGCAGAACUGGAGCUCCUUCGGAGUCGGGCUCAGGAGGUUCAACAGAACAGUACUGCAGGAGUGUUGUGCCGUGAGCGGGCCCUUUCCCUGCUAGCCCAGUUUGCGGAGGCCCAGGGUGAAUUGACCCCAUGGCUGGAGGAAGCCCAGGACAUUGUGGCCCACCUCAAUCCACAUGCAGCUGCUGGCAGCCCUGAGGCCUGCAGGGAGCAACAGGAAUUGCUGCAGCAUCUGCGGGAGGCCAUUGCGGAGCACAGGCCCCUGGUGGGGAAGCUGCAGCGGGUGUUCGUGCAACUGAAGGACCUAAAUCCAGCCCAGAGCACCCCCUUCCAAGAAGCCUGGCAGGCAGCGGAGGAGGAGCUGGGGGCCCUGAGGGGCCGCGCGGACAGCGUGGCAGCCACUUUGGGGCAGACUGUGCCCCGGUACACUCAGCUGAGCGAAAGGUUGGCUCGGCUGGCAGAACAGCUGGAACAACUGGCCCGGAGAGUGGAGAAUGUGGGGACUGUCCGGGCUGAUGCUCAGCGCAUCCGGGAGCAGCUGCGGGAGCAGAGCCUGCUGCUGAGUGAGCUAGAGCCCGUGGGGGCCGCGCUGGACACUGCCCGGGCCCGAGCCCAGGAGCUGGGGGCCGGGGUCACUGGGACCCUGGAUGAAAGUCCCGAGGCUGGACUGGGGCCUCGAGCAGUGCUUCAGGCUGAGGCAAAUCGCUUGUGGGAGCGCUGGUCAGGGAUGCAGGCCGCGGCCCAGGAGCGCGCCAGCUGGCUGCGGGUUGUGCUGGCGCUGGCAGAGCAGUUCUGGCAAGGCCUGGCCGACCUAGCCACCAGUCUGGCUGACACCCAGCACCUGGUGCUACAUAUGGAGGACGCGGGACCAGAGCCUGAAGGCAUCCGGAGCAGACUUAGCGCCAUGCAGGCCUUGAGGGAGGAGGUGGAUGGACUACAAAGUGAGUUGGAUGCUCUGGGGGCCCUGGGCCUGGAACUUCUGUCUGCCUGUGGGGAUGGGGACCGCCCUGAGGUGACACGAAGCAUGGAUGAGCUCUAUGCUUCCUGGCACAGCCUAAGUCGGGUGUGGACUGAACGUCAUCGGCACCUCGAGGAGCAGCUCCAGGAUGCCCUCAGUUACCAGGAGGCCAUGCAGAGGCUCCUGGCCUGGCUGGAAGGAGCUGAGUUACGGCUGGGUCAAGACUUCCGUGUGGGGGGCACCUUGGAGUUGGCAAAACAGCAGCUGGAAGAGCUAAAGGAUUUCAAGAGAGAACUCUACCAGAGCAGAGUGGAGGUGGAAAGUCUGAGACACCGUCCUGCCCCAGGGGGCCCAGAAGACCCCAGUCCUCCCCCUCUUCUGGGGGACUUCCGGCUACGCUGGGACCACUUAGAGCAAGAAACCGGCAGUCGGCAGCAACAACUGGAAGCCGCACUCCUGGGCCUGGGCCAGCUGCAGCCACAGCUGGAGGAACUGGUACAGUGGCUGGGCCACACAGCCGAGCAGCUUCAGGGAGCACCAGCGGUGGUCAGCCUGGACCUGCCCAGCUGUGAGAUCGAGCUGGCCAAGCUCCAGGUGCUGCAGAAUGAUGUGCUGUCCAGGGCACAGACCGUGCAGUCGGUGAGCGAGGCAGCUCAAGGGCUGCUGCAGGCAGGGCUCGGGGAGGCUGAGGCAGGACUCCGGGCCGCACUUCAGACUCUGGACCAGCGAUGGGAGGCGGUUCAAGGAGAGAGUCAGAGCCGGCAGCUGCAGCUGGAGAAUAGCCGGGCCCAGUUGCAGGAUGUUGAGCUGGGGAUGGCAGAACUGCUUCAGUGGCUGGAGCAGGUGGACUUGGGACUUGUUCUCAUCAAACCUUCCUGGGGGCCCCCAGACCCACCCCAAGAGAGACUGGCUCGGCACCUGGAGCUGUGCCGGGAGCUGGAACAGAAGCAGCCCGAGUAUGAGGGCCUGAGACAGCGCCUAGGGAGGCUGCUCCCCCCCCCACCAUCGUCUGGGCCCAGGCCUCCACCUCGACCCGUGGGCACCGAGCACAGCCUCCGGCUGCUGGAGCAGACUUGGGAGCGUGUGGCAGCCCGGGCCCAAGAGCGCAAGGUGUGGCUCUCCGAAGGCCUGGCGCUCACCACGGAAUUCCACCAGCGACUGCAGGCCCUCCUGCGCUGGGGCACACGCGUGGAGGAGCACCUUGGUUCCCUGCCGCCCCCCAGCCUUGUUCUGGACACGGUCCUGGCCCAGCUGCAGGAACACAAGGUGCUGGCCCAGGAGGUGGCAGUGCAAGGGGAGAAGCUGGGCGCCUUGGAGGUGGUGGCCGGAAGGCUGAGGGGCUUUAGCCCAGAGCAAGAUUGUGCUCUCAUCCAGAGCCUGGUGCUGAGUACCCAGGAGCGGCUGGGCCGGGCCAUCCAGAGAAUAGGGGACCGUGGCUCAGCUCUGGAGGAGGCUCGGAGAAGGGCCAAGCAGUUUACAGAGUCCCGGCAACUGCUCCUUGACUGGCUAGAUGAGGUGGAGCCCUCACUGAUGCUGCCUGGAGACAUGGCCCUGAGUCAGGAGGAGAUCAAGGAACAGCUUAGUCAACACAAGGAAUUCCAGCGAGAGCUUCGGGGUAAGCGGCCAGUGUUUGAGGCCACGCUGCGGGGGGGCAGAGCACUCCGAGAAGGGGCUCUGUUCCCAGAUGAUGCUGCCCCCCUUGACCUGCUGCUGGCUGAACUCCGGGGCCGAUGGGAGGGUAUCUGCAGCCUUGCUCUGGACAGACAACAUGCCCUGGAAGAGGCCCUGCUGUUCUCAGGCCGCUUUGCAGAUGCCCUCCCAGCACUCAUGGAUUGGCUGUACCAGGCUGAGCCCCAGCUGGCAGAGGAGGGACCUGUGGCAGGGGAUCGUGACCUGGUCAACCGUCUUCUGGACCAGCACAAGGUGUUCCAGAAGGAGCUGGGCCGAAGGGCGGGCUGUGUCCGCCUCCUGCGGCGCUCCAUCCGGGAGCUGACCCAGGCCAGCAGCAGCGCUGACUCCCAGUGGCUACAUCGACAGAUGGAAGAACUGGGGCAGCGAUGGGAGCUCGUGUGUCACCUCUCCCUGGCCCGCCAGGCGAGGCUUGAGGAAGCCUUGCGCCAGGCUGAGGAGUUCCACAAGUUGAUUCAAGAUUUCCUAAAACAUCUGUCUGAGGCUGAGAAAAUUCUCAAACUGGGGCCUUUCCCAGAGGAGGAGGGAGCUGCUGAGGAUUAUCAGAAGCAGCUCCAGGAGCUGUUGCAGAGUCUGCAGUGCCAGCAGCUGGAGCUGGACUGCAUCACAUCCCUGGGAGAAGAGAUUCUGAGCAGCUGCCACCCCGAUGGGAUCAUCCCAAUCCGCUCCUGCCUCAGCAACAUCACCAACCGCUUCCAUGAAGUACUGGGCUGGGCACAGCAACAAGGCCAGCGGGUGGCUGACCAGCUUGCCACCAUGGCGGCUGAACGGGAGGAGCUGGCCCGCCUGCUGGACUGGAUCGCUUCAGCUGAAGAGGCAUUAAGCCUUCGUGACCAGGAACCCCUGCCUGAGGACAUCCAGAUGCUGGCAGAUCUAUCAGCUCAGCACACGGAAUUCACUGAAGAAUUGACUAGGAAGCAGCAAGAGGUGGAGACGGCCAUGAAAAGUUGCAAAAGGAGGCUGGAGCCAUCACCCCAGACACCUCCACAGCCCCCACCAAGAAAAAGAGGUAUAGGGAAGCCCCCACCAGUUCCCCUGGUGCCACUUCUGGAGCUGCAACCUCAGAGUCCCCUGGGUGCCCAGCUUCUUCAGCGCUGGCAGCAGCUGUGGCUCAGGGCCCUGGACCGACAGUAUCGGCUGCAGGCUGCAACACAGCACCUGGAGGAGCAAGCAGCCUUUGCACACUUUGAUUUUGAUGGAUGGAGGAAAAGAUAUUUGCAGUGGAUCAGCCAUAGGAAGUCUCGCCUCCUGGAUGUGUUCCGUGCCAUUGACCGUGACCAGGAUGGACGAAUCACCCACCAAGAGUUCAUUGACAGUGUCCUUGCCUCCAGCUUCCCCACUAGUUUGUUGGAGCUGAAUGCUGUGGCCAGUAUCUUUGACACCAAUGGAGACGGAGUUAUUGACUAUGGGGAAUUUGUCAGUGCGUUGCACCCCAGUCGGGACCCUCGUGGACGGGGUCCUGAUGCAGAACACAUCCAGGAUGAGGUAAAGCGGCAAGUGUCUCAGUGUCAAUGUACCCGGCGCUUCCAGGUGGAGCAGAUCAGUGCCAACCGCUACCGAUUUGGGGAGUCCCAGCAGCUUCGACUCGUGCGGAUCCUACGAAGCUGCCUCAUGGUCCGUGUGGGAGGCGGCUGGAUUGCACUAGAUGAAUUCCUGGUCAAGAAUGAUCCUUGCAGAGGUAGAGUGAAGGGACGAACCAAUCUGAAGAUUAAUGAGAAAUUCCUGACUCCAGAUGGCAACCCCGACCCCCCUCAUAAAACCUUAUCUCGGAGCUGUUCUGCCUCUAACCUCAGCCUUUCCAGCAGCGCCUCAGCUCCCAACAGCCCCCAGGCCCGAAAGUCAGUGCUUCGGAGAACCCGCUCUGGGGACAGGGCACCCCGUCCGUUCAGCACUACACAGCUCUCUAGUAGCAGUGAUAAUAAGCCCAGAGCAGCUAUAGACGUGUCUGUGGAAAGCAAGCCUAUCAGGGUACCUGCGGGCACAGGACAGGUGACUGACCCAGAAAGCGCAGAAAAGGCACUAGAAGCCACACAGCAGGCACCAGAGGAGUCAAAACAGAUUCCAGAGAAAGCAAAAGAGCAGGUAACAGAGGAGAUACAGCCGGCAUCAAAGACAGAGCAGAUACUGGAGAGCAAGGCCCGGGCACCAGAGAACACAGAGCAGGCAGGUGGGAAAGAGGCAGAGGGGACGUCGGAGGGCACAGAACUGGAAAUGGGGAAAGAAGCACAGCAGGGACUUGAGGAGACAUUUCAGGUACUAGAGACACAGUGGGCACUGGAGGGCACAGGACAGGUGCUGGAGAAAGCACAACAGAAGGAGCAGAAGGAAAUAAAGCGGGAAAUAGAGGCAGAGUGGGCACCAGAGGACACAAAGCCGAAACCAGGAGGGAGAGAAAGGACACUGGAGGAGGCAGAGCAGGAACCAAAGGGGAGAUUAAAGGCAGCGGAAAAGAGAGAGAGUCUACAAGAGAAAAAGACAGAGCAGGCACCGAAGCAAGCAGAAUGGGUAUCUGAAUGGAAAGAGAGGGCACUGGAAGAGAGAAAAAAGGGAUCUCAGGAAGAGACAAAAGUGAUGGAGAAGGAGGCUCUAGAACAGUCACUAGAGGAAAUAGAAAGGACAAAGCAGGCAGCAGAGGGCACAGAGUGGGCAGCAAGACAGGGAGAGAGGGCAUCAGAAGGCACGGAGUGUGCAGCAGGACAGCCAGAAAAGGCAGUGGAGAGCACAGAGUGGACAACAGGAGAGUCAGAGAGGGCAGUGGAGGGCACAGAGUGGGUACCAGGGCAGACAGAGAAGGCAUCAGAGGGCACAGAAAGGGCACCAGGACAGACAGAGCAAGAACUGGAGGGGAAAGAGCUGGUACUAGAACAGAGGAAGAAUGAACCAGAGGAGAGCAAGCAGGGACUGGAGGACAAAGGAAUACAGCCCAAACAAAGCUGAGCUGUGAGACAAGCUAGAGGCCAGUUGCUGAGGGGAAGGAGCUCAGGUCUUUUAGGGCAGAGGAGGGUAACAGUGAUAGGUUGUGGGAGGGAAGAUCCACACCUAUCCCUUCUUCCUCAUCUUUUACCCUCAGUGUUCCAAGGCAGUCCAGCCGGCUGUAAAUGUGGAUGGGAGCAGGGAGGGGCACUGGGCAGCCUUGGGCUGGGGGGGAUCUGCCUGGUGUGCCCAGCUCUAGGCAGGCUAGAUGAACUUCUCUGCUUUCACAUGUAUCUGUGUGUGCCCUGGUAAUAGCCGAGGAGCCCAGUCCACCAGCAGCCCUGCUUUCAGGGGCUUAGGUCUCCCGCUACCCUCACACCCCAGCAAUAAAGUUUUAUAUAAA